UUGCGCACUGCGGGGUCAGAAGGCAGCGAGAUUCUCGCCGUGAGCAAUGCCCUGAUGUCGGCAGAGGGAAGCAGGCCGAAGUUUGGUGAGAAGGCAAGGCCUGUGGGUCCCCAUUGCCCAGCUCCUGCCCACAUUCCCGCCUGCUGCCGUGACCAAAGUCAUCAUGCCUCUUGAGCAGAGGUGUCAACACUGCAAGCCUGAAGAAGGUCUGGAGGCCCAAGGAGAGGCCCUUGGCCUGGUGGGUGCACAGGCUCCUGCUACUGAGGAGCAGGAGACUGCCUCCUCCUCUUCUACACUAGCGGAAGUCACCCUGGGGGAGGUGCCUGCUGCUGAGUCACCAGAUCCUACCCAGAGUCCUCAGGGGGUCUCCAGCUUCUCUACUACCAUCAACUACACCCUUUGGAGCCAAUCCGAUGAGGGCUCCAGCAACCAAGAAGAGGAGGGACCAAGAAUGUUUCCUGACCUGGAGUCCGAGUUCCGAGCAACACUCAGUAGGAGGGUGACUAAGUUGGUUUGUUUUCUGCUCCUCAAGUAUCGAGCCAGGGAGCCGUUCACAAUGGCAGAAAUGCUGGAGAGUGUCGUCAGAAAUUGCCAGUACUUGUUUCCUGUGAUCUUCAGCAAAGCCUCCGAGUACUUGCAGCUGGUCUUUGGCAUCGAGGUGAUGGAAGUGGACCCAGUCGGCCACUUGUACAUCCUUGUCACCUGCCUGGGCCUCUCCUACGAUGGCCUGCUGGGCGAC